AUGCUUCGUUGGUACCAAGCUAGACUGGCGGCGCGGCCGCUGCUCACGCAGAGCAUCACCACGGCGGUCCUGUUUGCGACUGGCGACAUCACGGCGCAGCAGGUCGUGGAGAAGAAGGGGCUCGAGAAGCAUGACUUGUCGCGGACGGGACGCAUGUUUCUCUAUGGUGGUGCCGUCUUUGGCCCAGCAGCAACAACAUGGUUCAAAUUCCUGCAGCGCAACGUGGUGCUACGCAACAAGAACGCCGAGAUUGUGGCGCGCGUGGCCUGCGACCAAGGCCUCUUUGCGCCCACCUUCAUCGGCAUCUUUCUGAGCAGCAUGGCCAUCAUGGAGGGCGGCUCCCCCCGCGACAAGCUCGAAAAGAGUUAUCUGCCCGCCCUGCAGACAAACUACCUCAUCUGGCCCUUUGUCCAGCUCGUCAACUUCAAGUUUGUCCCGCUCCACCACCGUGUUCUGUUUGUCAACUUUAUUAGUAUCGGCUGGAACUGCUACCUCAGCUUCCUGAACAGCACUGGUUAG